AUGACCCAACCACUGUUCGCAAACCACAAUGACCCAACACCAGGCCUUGGCACAGCCAUUCAAGGCACGAACAUCGGACUCGGCAUUCCACUUCUUUCCAGUAAGCUUGAAUCACUGCAACUUCCACCGCUCUUAAAGGUCGGGUCGGGAGUUGGUUUCGGUCGCCGGCCUUACUCGACACGUCAUCGUAGCUUCACGACAUCUUUGGGAGGGUACGACUCUUCUCCCACCCCCAGCUCCUCCUUUGCUUCAACGUCUUCUGAAUCUGAUCACGGGCUCACUCGAUCAGCUACUCAUGACGCUCUGCUCAGCUACUUCUCGCCUUCCCUGAACGAAGAUGAAGGGGAGGAAAAGCCGCAGAAGAGAGUCUAUCUACUGUCGGACGGACUAAGUAAUCCUCAGAUGGGCCAUCGAAGGUGCAAGUCUGAGACCUUCAAAUUUCCCCUGCCUCCCAGCAAGGGGUCGAUGGCUCCAAUGAAAGGACCUCUGAAGUCGGCACUGCGACAGAGGGUAGCAAAGGGAGACAGUCCAGCCUUGAGAGCCGCAUCAGCAGGCUGGGGAAGAAGUGUUGGUAAACACCUGUCCCCGCAGCCAGAAGAAGAGAGUGACGAGCAGGCAAGGCAAGGCUGGUCACCGUACUCAAGCGUUGCCCCGACUCCCCGGCAAGGUUCCAGUUCGCACCGAACCGACCUCCUCUCGCCGACUAAUGAAGAACACUUCGCCUCUCCCAGGGGUUCCACCUCUUCGUGCUCGUCUCAAACCCUUUUCUCCGAUCACUCCGAUUCCGACUCUGCGAAGCUUGCUCGUCUCCACGCUAGCUUUUUCCUUUUUGACCGUUCUUCGGAGCUUCCACUCUCGCUUCCUGACUUGCACAACGACGAUCCAAAGAAGAGUUUGGACGUGGUUGGGGGCAGUGUGGAAGAGCAGAUGGCCUAUCUUUGCGGCUUGGGAUAUCGCUACGGUAAGAAGAAUGGAAGGAAGGGUAGAAAGACCUCUGCUGACUAUGUGACAGCUCAAGAGCAGCAUGGAGAGAGUGGCUGGUGGAGUGAGGAUGAAGCCAAGAAAGAGGGGAUGGUUGAAAGGAAAAAGGUGGGAGGUGUGCACAAGGCAGUGAGAGUGAUCUCAAAUGCGGCCUCUGCUGUCAGCUCACUCGCGAGUAGUUCGAUUCUCUCUGGCUUGUUCGCCGCGGUGGAGGUGGAAGAAGAUCAAGGAGAGGGCGAGGGGGACAUAACGAAUCUUAUUCGACAGCAGGACAUCUUAUCCUCACCUCAGUUUGAAGGCCUGCUUGGCAGAGAGUAUAGCUAUUUGCUCGAUGAAAGCUUACAUCUAGAAGAAUCCAUAGCUCCAAGGAGUGUAGCAAAGGCAGGGCAGAACGGGUUAAUGACUCCACCACUAACAACUCCCGAACUGGGCUUAGGUUCAUCACCUAUGCUUCUUGAAUCUUGGCCAUCUCCACUUCGCGCCUCUUCCACGAAAUCCUUCGGUCUUGCCCUGUCCCUCCCCUCUCCACGUCAGGAUAGAGUGGAAGGCAUCGAAGGCUGUCGUCCCUACUCCACAGCUUCUUCUCUCGACCCGUUCUCUUUCACCCCAGCUCUUUCGCCUCCCUCCACCCUCGCUAAUCUCUCCAGUUCUGUCUCGUGUCCUGUCUCGUUCUGCGAUCCUUUCAAUUCUACGAAACCGACUUUACUGGAGCCCUCAGCUAAUGAAGAAGGUCUCGAGGGGCCCAUCAAGAUCGCCAUCGCGUCCCGAAAGACUUUGCAGCCAGUAUCUGUCUCCGUUCUCACCCGACCCCGACCCCUCCGCUCAUCGAACUCAAACAACAGCCUCUUUUCCUCCGCCUCUUCCGACAAGCUUCAAAAGCCAGAACCCAUCGCAUCCAUCAUUGCCCGAGGAAGACCCAUCCCGCCGAGAGAAGCUGCGAAUCAUAAGUUUGGUAGCAAAACCACUCCGCUUUCCGCCCGAAUCGCUGCUCGAGGGGCGAUGAGUAAGUCUUGCUCCACCACAACCGUCACGACCAAGGGCAGAAGUUUAGAUGAGAGGCGAGCCAAGGCAGCAGCGAUUGCUGGAACAGGAUUUAAAGUCCCACAAAGAAAAAGCUCACUUGACGUACGAGCUCAAGCUCAGCUCCAUCGAGAAGCAGAAGCAGAAGCUGCGGUGAUCCACCCGAAUGGCAUCUGCAAAGACGAGCUUGCGGCGGAGAAGUAUCAUUCUAGCGCCUCACCCUAUCUUCUCCAGCGGCUCCAAAGUGGAGUGGAGAUGUGGGCAAGUGCAGGUACCGCAGCCAAGCAACGUCGGAGGGGAGGAAUGGGAGUGGGUGGGAUGCCAACGUCAAAGUCUCUUCCUGUGCUGUUUACUGCUAGAAUGGCUGCGCAGAGAGCAAAAGGAGAGACUGGAGUCAGUGGGGAUAAGAGGAAGAGGAAGUUGGUGGUGAGUGUCGGUCCAGAUGGGGAGGUAUCCAGAGUGGAGCCUCCAAAGUAA